GUCUGCUGUGGAAAGCAUUCCCAAAUACAAAGGCAACUUGAAUACUCCUUGUCUGCAAAGUAUACGUAGUUCUGGCACCAAUGCAUGUGACAGUACGUGUUUUAACAUUAGGUGGACCGCUAACUUCAAAGUUUACGUUGCUGUAAUGAAAAUAGAGAGGAAGACUCGCUCUUUUGAAGUCAGUUUUGCGCCCAGGCAUUUCGUGAUACGGCAGAACUCUGUAGUACCGCCAAUCUUUAAACUUCAAAUGAGCCAGACUGGGUGGAUGAAAAAAGAAACAUGUAUGUCUUUGUUGUGUGAUGUUACGUAUACAGAGUUACAUAGCUUGGUAUUUUUAUUUUCAAUCCAUACGUGUUGUUUUGGCGUCCAUAAGGCGUGAAGUAUAAGCCCUUGAACACCGUGCUUUGAAUGAAAAUAGCAACGAGAACGGUCCGAAUCCUGAAAUGAAAUACACAUUCCUUUGGUUUCCGUCACUAUCAACAAACUGUAAUUGUUGUUGUUGCUAUUGUUGUUGCUGUUAUUGCUAUUGUUGUUGCUGUUGUUGUUGUUUAGGAGGCGACAGUUGUCCGUGGUGGUUUUGCCAAAAUAACGGUGUGUGUGUGCCUGGUGAGGACGGCGCAGACGACACGUGCGACUGUCCGGACGGCUACUCGGGAACGAACUGUGAAACACGGGAUUGCCGGACAGUGUUCAUCACCACCUCGGACCAGAGCGAGCCCCUGUCCGCUAACCCCGUCGUGGUGGGCCUCUACUCCCGCCUGGAGGACACGUACAACUGGCGGGAGGUCUACAAGAAGGACGACGAGGAUCUUUGGCUGUUCUACAUGUCAGAUGACUACACCUGGUUAGUGGGAAGGACUGUAGGCUCUUAUCCCGCGCAAAUGUCGGCGGAGAACGCGCAGUACUACCCCGACCAGACCGCGGGACCGUUCUACCUGCACAGCCCCGAUGGUUGGAUGAGGGAACCGUACCUUGAGAUACGCUGCAGCGGUGAACUGCCAUGUGGCCCGUCGCCGUGUCAGAAUGGCGGCACGUGCGUCCAGCAUGAUUACUACUGGGACAGCGAGCCGUUCUACACCUGUACCUGCGUGGAGGGAUUCAACGGGACAGACUGCGAAAACAACCAUGUUGACGAGUGUGCUUCCAAUCCGUGCUUCAAUGGCGCCACCUGUGUGGAUGGCUUGAACUCCUACACCUGCGAGUGUAUCUUCGGUUCUGUGGGGACUCACUGCGAGCGAGUGUUGCCCUACUUUCGAGAACAGUUCCUCAAGUACGAGGUCGCCCCAACAUCGGCUCCCAUUGAGUGUUACGUGUGUGACUCGACCAGUGACGGCCACUGUGACGUGGACCAAUCAACACUGUCCGAGGAAUUUCGAAACAACACCAAUACAACACAGGCAUGCAGCGGCGGUGCAUGCUGGGUCACCCGGUCAGAGGUCAACGGCCAGCUGCUUUCGUACCAACGUUCCUGUGAGUACAACAACCUGGAGUGUGACGACAUUUACGCGUUAGAGAACUGUCAGGACGAUCCGGAUGGAACCAAGGUUUGCUACCGUUGCUGUACCGCUAACCAGUGUAACUUCGGCCUGCUGACCGGGACCGCCGUGUUCGUGCUCCCGUCAGACUCCGGCGGCGCUGCCGACACAGGACUGCGGUGGCUACUGCUGCUGACCGCCGCCCUGGCUCUUAUCGUCAACUGAUCGGAGUCUAGGCUUAUUGCAUCCAGGACCGUGCCUAUCUAGACUAAAUUUAAAGCCUCUACCACCUAGGCUGGAAUUCAAGAGUAGAAAUUGGCCAAAAAGACAGAUAACAUGCCAGGGGACUUGGUCC